CUCUCUCUAGAACCCAUUCUCUUAUUCAGACAAAUGGAUAACAGCUGUAUAGAUGACAGUACUAGCAACACUUCAGGCUCUCUCUCCAUCUCUACUCCCUCGGCGAAGAAGAAACUCUCUCCCCCUCCUCCUCCUCCGACGACGAUGCGUCUCUACAGAAUGGGAAGCGGCGGAAGCAGCGUGGUGCUGGACUCAGAGAACGGCGUCGAGACCGAGUCACGUAAGCUCCCGUCGUCGAAGUUCAAAGGCGUUGUUCCUCAGCCUAACGGAAGAUGGGGCGCUCAGAUUUACGAGAAGCAUCAGCGUGUCUGGCUCGGCACUUUCAACGAGGAGGAAGAAGCCGCCGCUUCUUACGAUAUCGCCGCUCGGAGAUUCCGCGGCCGCGACGCCGUCACGAACUUCAAGUCGCCGGCGGCGAUCGACGGAGCCGACGCUGAAUCUGCGUUUCUUGACGCUCACUCCAAGGCUGAGAUCGUUGAUAUGUUGAGGAAACACACUUACGCCGACGAGCUUCAACAGAGCAAAAGGAAGUUUCUUGACGGUAACGGUAACGGAAAACGGUCAGGGACGGCGAUAACGGUGAACGACGGCGUUUCGAGGGCGCGUGAAGUUCUUUUCGAGAAAGCCGUUACACCUAGCGACGUCGGGAAGCUUAACCGGUUGGUGAUACCGAAACAACACGCGGAGAAGCAUUUUCCGUUACCGGCGAUGACGACGGCGACGGUGGUGACGACGGCGAUGACUCCGUCUCCGUCUCCGACGAAAGGAGUUUUGAUUAAUUUGGAAGACAGGACAGGGAAAGUGUGGCGGUUCCGUUACUCGUACUGGAACAGCAGUCAAAGUUACGUGUUGACCAAAGGAUGGAGCCGGUUCGUUAAAGAGAAGAAUCUCCGAGCCGGUGAUGUGGUUUGCUUCGAGAGGUCGACCGGACCGGACCGACAAUUGUAUAUCGACUGGAAAGUCCAGUCCGGUACGGAAGAAAUUACACCGGUUAAGAGUGUGGUUAGGCUAUUCGGGGUUAAUAUUUUCAACGCGACGACUAACGCUAUACCGAACGAUGGCAAGAAGAGAUCUCGGGAAGCUGAUUUGUUUGCCUUGGGGUGUUCCAAGAAGCAGGCGAUAAUUAACGCCUUGUGACAAAUUUUCAUUUUUUCUUCUUUUUUUAGAUUUGUUUCUUUUCAAAAUUUCUAUUAAAUUGGCAAGUUGUAAAUUAGGACAAGACAAGAAAAAAAUGAUGACUAGGAAAUAGUUUUUGGUUACAUCUAAUUUGGGUUUGUUUUUCCUCCCUUUGCUCAAUAUGACUUCUUUCCAACAAAAAUUGAAUUAUAUAUCAUUUGAAGUUACAAAGUUAGGAUAUAAUAUUUGCGUGAAAUCAGAAAAGAAAAUAAAUACAUUCAGUAAAGAAAACUCAAAAAACUCUAUUACUUGGCCUUUCUCAUAUCAUAUUGUUUCUAUCAAAUAAAAGAAAGUGACAUUUUCACCAUUUUCAAAAAUUAAUGUUUUAGAAUUUAUAUACAAUUUAUUAGUUAAUGAUGAUAAAUUCUAUUCUUUAAAAGGUAAGUAAAUCAAUUAAAUUACUAUU